AUGAUCCUUAUCGACGGCGCCAAGUACCUGUGUCUCCUGUGUGUCCGAGGCCAUCGGCUGACGGCGUGUGUCCACCACGAAGGGCGCCCCUUGGUUAAAGUCAAGGGCAAGGGGCGCCCUGCCUACGACGCGCAAAUUGAGCUGGACCAGCGGGUGGUGGUGUUUUCUGAGCAGGCAGAAGUGGACGAAGAUGACGCUAACAUCGUUAGAGUGACUCACCAUCUGGCUAAACAGGUAUUGGAUGUCAAUACCAACCAGAUCAUUGGGCCCUACGUGGAGAAUGCGAAGACGUUCAAGCCGUUGGUGCACGCUAACCUGUUUAUCAAUACGCUGUGUGGAUGUUCUAUAACGGGCAAGGUGAAGAAGCUGUGUGGAUGCAGUCGCCAGAAGGUGAAUAAGAAACGCAUUCUUGAGAAGUACAUUACACGGAAACAGGCGGCUCAGCCUACUUUGGAGUUCCAGGCACCGAUACUCAAACAGGAUGCCCAGUUUGAUAUGGCAUCCGCUGAUACUUCAGGAACCUCGUUAACCCCAGUCACUACCCAUACCCCCUUACAAAACUCAACCAACCCGCUUAAUCUGCUACCGACGAACCAACCGCUGGAGUGGAUCGCCGUCCACCCGUGUCUGUGUGACGAUAGUUGUCAGUGUCCUGGGUGCCAGGUACACAACAUCCCCUGGCAGUUCCCCGAGCCGCCUCAACCUCAAGCGGAGCCUCAGUUUGAUCUCCCUGACCCUUACUCAGUGAUCACCACUCCUGGUUCCGAUAUCUUGGGUCCAAUGUCCGAUUCCCCUACUUGCUGCUGUCCUAACGAUGCCUGUGAUUGUACCAAUUGUGAGACCCACGGCAUCAUCAACGGGUUCAAAUUGGACGACAUUUUGGACAUGAGCUUCCCCCAGCUGCUGAUCGACCACAUCUUGGCCCAGAUCCCGCUGCCGGGUUUCGCUCCCGAGCGGCUGUGUCUGCUGCUGGGGCUGGUCCCUACGCUGUCGCCGGCACCUUCAGAGCUGUCGCCGGCCCCCACCAAGCUGAAGUCGUGCUGCCACUCCCGAUAG